UCCCGUCCACGAAGAUUGUCACGCUUUCCUUUUAUUUUAAUUUGUUACCUUUUCACAAGGGAACAAUUAGUUUUAUUUAUAUUUUUGUAUUAAGUAGCCCUAAAGUUUAAGUAGAAACUGCAAAAAUGAGUACGAUACUGGAGAAAAUUGCGGCUAUAGAGUCCGAGAUGGCUCGAACGCAAAAAAAUAAAGCCACAGCGUUGCAUUUGGGCUUACUCAAGGCCCGGCUCGCUAAACUGAGACGUGAACUGAUCACCCCUAAGGGUGGCGGCGGUGCUACCGGCGAAGGUUUCGACGUCGCCAAAACCGGUGACGCGCGUAUCGGUUUCGUGGGCUUCCCAUCGGUGGGCAAAUCUACGUUGCUGUCCAACCUCGCUGGAGUAUACUCUGAGGUGGCAGCGUACGAGUUCACAACGCUCACUACCGUGCCCGGCUGUAUUAAAUACAAGGGGGCUAAGAUACAGCUUCUCGAUCUCCCCGGUAUCAUCGAAGGCGCUAAAGACGGCAAGGGUCGCGGUCGCCAAGUCAUCGCCGUCGCCCGGACCUGCAGUCUAGUAUUCAUAGUACUGGACGUACUGAAACCGCUGCAACAUAAGAAACUACUAGAACAUGAGUUGGAGGGCUUCGGACUGCGACUGAACAAGCAACCACCGAAUAUAUACUUUAGGAAGAAAGAUAAAGGAGGGAUCAACUUAAACACUACGUGCCCGCAAUCCGAGCUAGACAUAGAAGCAGUCAAGUCCAUUCUCUCUGAGUACAAGAUCCACAACGCUGAUAUAACGCUGCGCUACGACGCGACCAGUGACGAUUUCAUUGACGUCAUCGAAGGCAAUAGGAUAUAUGUGCCCUGCAUCUAUCUGCUCAAUAAGAUUGAUCAAAUCAGCAUAGAAGAGUUGGACGUGAUCUACAAAAUCCCGCACUGUGUGCCCAUCUCUGCUCACCACAGGUGGAACUUCGACGACUUACUCGAGAAGAUGUGGGAGUACCUUAAGCUCAUCAGGAUAUACACGAAGCCGAAAGGACAGCUGCCUGACUACAACUCGCCCGUAGUACUGCACGCAGACAAGACUUCUGUCGAAGACUUCUGCAACAAGCUGCAUAGGUCCAUCGUGAAGGAAUUUAAAUACGCCCUCGUAUGGGGCUCGUCAGUGAAACAUCAGCCGCAAAAAGUCGGAAUCGAGCACAUACUAGCCGAUGAAGACGUAGUACAAAUCGUCAAGAAAGUAUAAACAGUAUACACACUUAACCCUUUGACCGCCACGCCUACUGAUGUGCCGACGGAAAGUAUCCAAAAUUCUGAAAUUUUCGCAUAGGGAAACUUCUGAAACUUUUUCAUACUUUGUGUGGACAAUUAUAUGGAUGGAAACUUUCCAUUUCAUAAAUUUAAAUUCCC